AUGGAACUCGACCAAGAGAGGGUCUCCUGCCUGCAGCAGUUGGUUCCCGACGGAUACACGCUGCGCGACAAGCUCAGCAUCGAGAGACAGAAGCCACGAAAGUAUCGGUUAGUGCUGCACUCAAGGUCGCGAGCCAACAAUACUGAGUUGAAAUGGCGGAGCCGCUGGAUCACGUCUGGGAAGCCACGCGGCCGCGACGCCGUCGCGGAGGGAAUAAUCAUAGACGAGGCGUGCGAAAGGGGCGGAGAUGAAAGCUCGGGUGUUGACGUCGAGACGGUGGAGGAGACCGAGCGCUUGCCGGAUGGUGGUGUCUGGGUUUGUGUCGAUGAUCUCGAGUCUGCGCUGGCAGACUUGCCCGAAGACCUGCAAGCCAGAGUGCGGAGCAAGAAAGCCUACCCUGGCGGGAGGCGGGCCAUGCUUCUCUACCAGGACGAGAGCAUAUUUCGAGCCAACGACGACCAGAGGCGCGCGUGGUAUCGGGACGGCCAGCAUGUGCCCGUGAAGAAGUCACAAGGCCAGGGGAUCAUGGUGUCGGGAAUGAUAAUCCACAACGUUGGCUUCUUCUCGGCGUCGCGGGCACAGAUCCAGGACGCGGAGCGCAACCGCAGGAAACGAUGCGCCGCCUCAGCUGCCGCGAAGCGACGGGGGGAAAACGUGAAGGUGGAGAAGUUCCGCCCCAUCGACAUGCUUCAUGAAGACGAGCAUGGACAGUACUGGUCCUACCACCUCUUCGAGUACGGCAAGAACAAGGAGGGAUACUGGACCGGGCUCAGGAUGCUGGACCACAUGUCAGACGUGCUCGACAUGUUCACAGUUCUCUACCCUGAGCACAAGCCUGUAGGCCUGUUCGACUGGUCGUCCUGUCAUGACGGCAUGGAGGUCGGCGCAUCGUCGGUGAAGAUAAUUAAUUUGGGUGUCGGUGGUGUGAGGAACGGAGAAGAGCUUGCGCCGAUGGACCCCGUGACCAUCCUCGAAGAUACCCCGAAUCUCCCAGCCGGCACGGUACAGCACUUUGUGUUUCGGAGGGGGGACGAUCCCCCCUUCCACUCCCCGCAUCUCAAGCCGGCGCAAUAUGUCGGAAAGUUGAAAGGAAUGCGGCAGAUUUUGUGGGAGAGGGGGCUCCUGGUCAAAGGCAUGAGUAAGACGGGGGGCUCGGGCGAAAAGCAGGACCUCAGCAAGAGCAUGGAGCACGUUUGGGAGAGCAGAAGGACUUCAAGGAAGUUGAUUCUAGUCUGGUGCUGUUGAUGCAGCGCCACGGGGGGGCCUGUCUCAUGCUUUUUAAGUACCACUGCGAGUGUAACCC